CCCUGAUCCAAACCGGCGUAAAGCGCGCCGUCUCACCCCGAGUGAGUGCUCUGUGAAUGGCGAGGGCGACUCCGGCAACCGCGGAGGCCUUCGAGGGACCAGGGCGUUGGUGCUGAGAGGCUCAAGAGUCUUGGAGAACCCACCUUGAGUUCACCUUUACCAACCAAGACCAUAAAAAUGAGCAGCCGACGGAAGCGUGCUCCUCCUGUGAAGGUGGAUGAAGAAAAGCAGCAACAGCUCCGUUGGAACAUGCAUGAAGACAGAAAGAAUGAACCUCUCACCCUCAUUGAUGAUGAGCAGCCCUGCCCAGGUUCAGACCCCUCUUCUGCUGAUUGCAUUUUCCUGGAUGAUAGUCUAGAGGAAGAAGUGGCUCACAGAGUUAAGAAGAAUUGUACAGGGUCAGUGAGCAUUUCAAAUUCAGUUGAUUCAGAAGAGACCAUUGGUAGUCCCUCUCCUUUGUUGAUGAAAUUGAAUGUUGUGAUAGCUCCCUAUCACCUAGAUGGUUCUUGGAAGGUGUUUCUAGGAGAAUUAACUCUUCAGCUUCUUCCUGAACAGAGUUUAAUCAUAGGUUUUUCUGAAAGGAGUUUUACAUUAAUGAGUUCAGACUCCAGCAAUCAUUUACUAGUCUGCGUUCAUUCAGAAGCUGGAGAUGUGGACAAAGAAGAAAAAGAGCUCAGUGAACUGAUUGGUUUUUGUGACAAGGGUAUUCAGGUGGAAUCAUCCUUCAGUAAUGAACUGUUAGAAGAUUUAGGGUGGCUGCAAAAGAAGAGAAGAAUAAAACUGUAUCAAAGACCAGAAGGAAAUCAUGCUAUUAAGGUUGGAAUUUAUCUUUUGGAAACUGGCCUAACAAAACUAGACUUUAUGAGUGAUGCAAAUUCAAGAAUGAAAAAAUGCAAUCAACUCAUGAAGAAAGUGAUGGAAAAACUAUACAAUUUUGUUCCAGAUGUGUUGGAAGAGGAUGAGGAAGAUUCAGAGAGUGAGCCAGAGGGACAAGACAUUGAUGAGCUUUAUCACUUUGUGAAGCAAAUACAUCACCAGGAGACACAGCCUGUCCAAGUGGAUGUCCAGCAUCCUGCAUUGACGCCUGUGUUGAGACCCUACCAAAGAGACGCUGUCAAUUGGAUGCUCCAACAAGAGCAUUUCAAAAGUGCUCCAACCAAUGGACAUGCUUUGCACUUCUUAUGGCGUGAAAUUGUUACAUCCGAGGGCUUGAAACUCUACUAUAAUCCAUACACAGGCUGCAUCAUUCGUGAGUACCCAGUUCCUGGACCACAGUUGCCUGGUGGAAUCUUAGCAGAUGAGAUGGGUCUUGGAAAGACAGUGGAGGUUUUGGCUCUGAUUCUAACACAUACAAGACAAGAUGUCAAACAAGAUGCUCUCACUCUUCCUGAGGGAAAAGUGGUGAAUUAUUUCAUUCCAUCACAUAAUUCUGGAGAAAAAGUGAAAAAAACCACAGAAACCCGGAACCUGGCCUUUGAACCCAAAGUAAAAGUUCAGUGCCCCCCUACACGUGUGAUGAUAUUGACAGCUGUGAAAGAAUUGAACUGGAAAAAAGGCGUGUCCAUUCUUUCCAUCUAUAAGUAUGUCAGUUCUAUAUACAGAUACGAUGUUCAGCGGAAUAGAAGUCUUCUGAAACGGAUGCUGAAAUGUCUGAUUUUCGAAGGUCUUGUAAAGCAGAUCAAAGGCCAUGGUUUUUCUGGGACUUUUACACUGGGGAAGAAUUAUAAGGAAGAGGAUAUAUGUGAUAAAACAAGAAAGCAGGCAAUAUGGAGUCCAAGGAAAGUUCAGAAAGAAUCCACAAAAUCAGGAAACAAGGACACUGAUUCCGAAUACUUGCCAUCAAACACCUCUGAUGAUGAUGAUAACCCUUAUUAUUAUUAUUAUAAGCCUAGGAAAAAUCAUAGUAAGUUGAGGAAAAAGCCUAUUCCAUCUACUAAAAUAGAAAACCAACAACCUAACAUAAAUUCUGACUCACAAGGACACUGUCCAACUGCCAGUGACUUUGCAAUUACUGAUGCCACCAUGUCUAAAAGCACAUGUGUCUCUGAAGUCAAGCAAGCACCUGAAUCUCCAAAGCUUGCUAGCAGUGAUAGGCCACAUUGUGAUACCUUGAAUCCCUCUAACUCCUCUGAUUAUCACAGUGAUAGGCCACAUUGUGAUACCGUGAAUCCCUCUAACUCCUCUGAUUAUCACAGUGAUAGGCCACAUUGUGAUACCAUGAGUCCCUCUAACUCCUCUGAUUAUCACAGUGAUAGGCCACAUUGUGAUACCGUGAGUCCCUCUAACUCCUCUGAUUAUCGCUUUGAGUGCAUAUGUGGGGAACUUGGCCAAAUAGACCAUAAGGCUCGUGUUCAGUGUCUGAGGUGCCACCUGUGGCAGCAUGCAAAAUGUGUGAACUACGAAGAAAAAGACCUGAAAAUUAAACCUUUUUACUGCCCCCACUGCCUUGUUGCAAUGGAGCCAGUGUCAACCCGAGCCACUCUGAUCAUCUCUCCAAGUUCCAUCUGUCACCAGUGGGUGGAUGAGAUCAACAGACAUGUGAAGUCAUCAUCUCUUCGAGUCUUGGUAUAUCAAGGAGUGAAGAAGGAUGGCUUCUUACAGCCUCACUUUUUGGCAGAACAAGAUAUCGUUAUCAUUACCUAUGAUGUCCUUCGAUCAGAAUUGAACUAUGUAGAUAUCCCACAUAGCAACAGUGAGGAUGGGCGUCGUCUUCGUAAGCAGAAGCGCUAUAUGGCCAUCCCCAGCCCUCUAGUCGCUGUGGAGUGGUGGAGGAUCUGCCUUGAUGAAGCUCAGAUGGUUGAAUGUCCUACUGUAAAAGCUGCAGAAAUGGCUCAGCGCCUGAGUGGGAUCAAUCGGUGGUGCAUCAGUGGCACUCCGGUGCAGAGGGGAUUGGAAGAUCUUUAUGGGUUGGUGCUCUUUCUUGGAAUUGAACCUUACUGUAUAAGACACUGGUGGGUCCGACUUCUAUACCGUCCUUACUGUAAGAAGAAUCCUCAGCCCCUCUACAGCUUUAUUGCCAAGAUACUAUGGAGGUCUGCAAAAAAAGAUGUGAUUGACCAAAUUCAGAUACCACCUCAGACGGAAGAAACUCACUGGCUCCACUUUGCUCCAGUGGAGAGGCAUUUCUAUCACCGCCAGCAUGAGGUGUGCUGCCAGGAUGCCGUGGCAAAGCUCAGGAAGAUUUCUGACUGGGCUCUGAAGCUCAGCAGCCUGGACAGGCGGACGGUCACCUCCAUCCUAUAUCCACUGCUAAGGCUCAGGCAGGCCUGCUGCCACCCACAGGCUGUCCGAGGAGAGUUCUUGCCACUCCAGAAAAGCACCAUGACAAUGGAAGAACUGCUGAUAUCCUUGCAGAAGAAAUGUGGAACUGAAUGUGAAGAAGCACACCGGCAACUAGUCUGUGCCCUCAAUGGUUUAGCAGGCAUCCACAUCAUUAAAGGUGAGCAUGCCUCGGCAGCUGAUCUAUACAGAGAGGUGCUGCGUUCGUCUGAGGAACACAAAGGAAAACUCAAAACGGAUUCACUCCAAAGACUUCAUGCUACCCAUAACUUAAUGGAACUGUUAGUAGCCAAGCACCCAGGGAUACCUCCUACCUUGCGAGAUGGCAGACUUGAGGAAGAGGCCAAGCAGCUACGAGAGCAUUACAUGAGCAAAUGUAAUACGGAAGUGGCCGAAGCCCAGCAAGCUUUGCAACCUGUGCAGCAGAAUAUACGUGAGCUCCAAAAAAAGAUUCGUUCUAAUUCUCCUUGGUGGCUUAAUGUAAUCCACAGAGCAAUAGAAUUUGCUUUUGAAGAGGAACUUGUUCAGCGAGUGCGAAAUGAAAUAACCAGCAACUACAAGCAGCAAAUUGGCAAGCUCUCUAUGUCAGAGAAGUUCCAUGACUGCAGAGGUCUUCAGUUUUUACUUACUACACAAAUGGAAGAACUAAAUAAAUUCCAAAAACUUGUCAGAGAGGCUGUGAAAAACCUCGAAGGGCCUCCAUCUCAUGAUGUCAUUGAAUCUGCAACAGUCUGCCACCUCCGUCCGACCAGACUUCCCCUCAACUGCUGUGUCUUUUGUAAAGCUGAUGAAUUGUUCACAGAGUAUGAAUCAAAGCUCUUUUCCCAAACAGUAAAAGGCCAGACUGCAAUAUUUGAAGAGAUGAUAGAAGAUGAAGAAGGACUGGUAGAUGAUCGCGUCCCUACCACCAGCCGGGGUCUGUGGGGAACAAGUGACACAGAGCGUUCUAUGAAAGCUGUCCUGUCCUUUGCAAAAUCACAUCGGUUUGAUGCUGAACUCAUUGAUGAGGGAAGUACUUUAAUGGAUCUCUUUGAAGCAUGGAAGAAGGAAUAUAAGUUGCUUCAUGAAUAUUGGAUGGCUCUGAGGAAUCGGGUGUCUGCUAUUGAUGAACUUGCAAUGGCUACAGAACGACUACGAGUGCGCCAUCCUAACGAGCCAAAGCCCAAUCCCCCUGUUCUUCAUAUUAUUGAACCACACGAGGUUGAACAGAAUCGCAUAAAGCUACUAAAUGAUAAAGCUGUUGCUACGUCACAGCUACAGAAAAAACUUGGGCAGCUUCUUUACCUAAUGAAUUUGGAGAAGUCUCAAGAGAAAACACCAGGAGGUAUUAAUCCAGAACCUUGUCCCAUCUGUGCAAGACAGCUGGGAAAACAGUGGGCAGUGCUGACCUGUGGACAUUGUUUCUGUAACGAGUGCACUUCUAUUAUUAUUGAACAAUACAGCGUGGGGUCCCACAGAAGCUCCAUCAAAUGUGCUAUCUGCCGACAGACGACAUCUCACAAAGAAAUCUCAUAUGUCUUCACCUCAGAGAGAAUAAAUCAGGAAGAAGAUAUCCCUGUGAAGGGCAGCCAUUCUACAAAAGUGGAAGCUGUGGUCAGAACUCUGAUGAGAAUCCAGCGUAGAGAUCCAGGGGCUAAAGCGCUCGUUUUUUCAACGUGGCAAGAUGUAUUGGAUAUUAUUUCAAAAGCUCUUACUGACAACAACAUGGAAUUUGCACAAAUCAGUCGCAUUAAGACAUUUCAGGAGAAUCUUUACGCAUUUAAGCAUGAUCCCCAAAUCAAUAUUUUGCUGCUGCCCCUGCACACGGGUUCUAAUGGACUAACAAUCAUUGAGGCAACUCACGUUCUCUUGGUGGAACCCAUAUUGAACCCUGCCCAUGAGCUGCAGGCCAUAGGGAGGGUGCACCGAAUCGGACAGACCAAACCUACUAUUGUGCACAGAUUCUUAAUUAAAGCAACAAUAGAAGAAAGAAUGCAAACCAUGCUGGAAACUGCUGGGAAGAGUCGCACGAGCUCACCGGCGAAGCACUCGGAGGCCUCCGUCUUGACGGUGGCUGACCUGGCAGACCUGUUCACGCAGGAGACGGACGACAUGGACUGACGCGCCCUUGAUUUCAUCCAGGCUGUCAUGGAGCCAUCCACUUCCGUGGCUUGCAGAGCAAAGCUAUAAGGAAAAACUCUGUUCCAGUAGAUGUCAGCAAACACUGUUCCUCUCACUGCACAGUGGCCUAGUCAUUCUGGAGCCUUGUUCAAUAGAUCUCUAAGGUUUUUCAUGUUCCACUGUCUAAUAAAACAUUAUUUUUCUUCCAAAGGAUAUAUCUGCUGCAGUGAGGGAACAGAGAGAGGUCAUGUGUACCUUUCUUUAGCUCAGAUCAGCCUUAUAAAGAGUUGGGAUACAAAGAAAGUAAACCCAUCUAGUUUUAUAUGACCUCACAUACAGGCCUAUUUUAAGAAGGGCCUUUCAGUAUCUUUAGCACAUAAGUCACCAGUAUCUUGUAUGUGUUAAAUAGACAAUGAAUUACCUUAAUGCCUAAUUAUUUGAGUAUAUUUAGACUGUAACUCCAUGAGUAGUAAGUUUAUAAUACAACUCCUGACAAAUAAUGUAGGCAAGUAUUUCUUUUCUCUGUAUCUUAUUAUUAAAAAUCAAAAUAUUGGAAACGUCCAAUUUUCAUUAUGUAUUGUCAUACCAGUGUAAACUAUUAACUCUGAAUAGCAUUUCUAAGUGUAUUAGCAUUUUAAGUAUAAUUUUAUCUAAACAUUAUUUAAACUGCUAUGUCUGCAGUUAAAGUCCCCAGGUUAUUUAAAGAACCCAUUCUUAAGAAAUCCAUUCAUAAAUUUGCCUUUAAGUAGAAUUUGUAGCUAAGUCUGAAAAGGUGCAUAUGUUCUUAUUUAGCCUGCCUUCCCUUCAAGAAAAGAUUGGAAACCAUUUCAAUGGCUUUAAAGUUGCAUAUGCAUUAGUUGAAAGUGAUUGCUAUGAAGAACUAUUUGUUAACCAUGGGUUGACUCAUUAAAAGUAAAGGCAAAUUUACAUAUUCUUAGAGGCCACAUACAAGUCAUCCUUAAGCCGGAUGUUUGUAACUCGACGACGUACUGUACUCUUCAUUUUUAAUAAGUUUUUACAUGGCUUAAGAUUGACACAUCUGUAAAUAACAAAUUUUUAUAGUUUUAAGUCUUACCAUUAUAACAUGGAAAUAUGGCAGGGUUUUUAUUAUUAUUAAGCUGAUGUCUUUCCUCUUCCCUUGUUCAUGUGUAACUAUCCUUUUUAACCACUUGUAUUUAAAGUUAUGAGAGGGGAGUAUUUUCUCCCAGGUGAACUUCUUCCCAUGACGAGUAUAGUAUUUGAUGUUUAGAGCAAGAGAAUGCUGUGGUCACACAAGAAAUAAUUGCAAAUGUUAAUCAUAGAGUGUUUCUUCUUCUGUGAAGAAUUCAUGGACUUUGAGAUUUCUAUACGGAGUAGCUUGUAUCCUUAACAGUUUUGUGUAAUCUAAAUGUGUUUUCUCUUAUUGUCGUUGAUCUUCCAGAGUUUUAAUUAACCUUCAGGACGCAAUAGCUCCUCUUUAGCUGCCCAGAACAUUGUAAUAGAAAUAUGCCCUGGGUCUUACUGUCCAAGAGCCUUUGGUGCUUAGUUGUCAAGGUGCAUUUUCUAUACCUAAGUCUAAAGGGUGACUUAAUUCAGCUGAAGAAAACAAACACAUGUUUCUGGUGCUUAUUCUUCAGUUGAGAGAGAUGCAUGGGUUCUUUUAUAUGAAAUUGCAUAUACUUAUUAUUUUUAUAGCUCUUUACAUAUUUUUAAGAGCUUGCCUGUACAUCCACUUGCUUAAUUUUCCCAACAGGCCUGUGAGAUGGAUAUUAUUAAUGUCGCCCCUCUUUUAAAGAUAACUGAGCUUCCAAAAAUUUGAGAGACUUGAAAGUAAACAUAGGAACCUUGGAUCCCUGAUUCCAGGCCUCCUGUUCUAUUACUGAGUUAUGGCGUGCUGACAUUAAGAAGGCCAUGGUUAAAACGUAAUGAUGACACAAAACACACAUUUGGUUUUUGUUUUGUUUCCAAAAUAUUCUUUCUUGAAAAAAAUUUUAGGAAAAACCAUUUGAUAUGCUUGAAUUUUGUAAAGCAAAGAGAAAUGUGCUUACUGUAUAUGAUCUUAAUUUAUUUCUGUAAGGUAUCAAAUAUUUUAGUGGAAAUUAAAAUUCGGGGGAUUUAUGUAAGUUAUGAGCCAUCGAACGUAUGGUUUUCCUUUCAAAUUUCUUAACAAAGAAUGUCAGAAUUGCUUAUACUAUGAGGUCUCACAUUUGAUAUCUCUGUUACUUCUUCAAGGAGUGCUAGUGGCACAGUGGUUGAAGCCCAAGACUGCCAACCAAAAAGUCAGUAGUGCGAAGCCCCUGUCUGUUCGGAUCCACUAGCUGCUCUGCAGGAGAUAAACUGGGCAGCUGCUUCCAUAAGGCUGCACAGCCUUGGUUACCCGGUAGGGCAGUUCAACUCUGUCCUACAGGGUCACUGUACAUCCGAAGGGGCCAGAUGGAUGGCAGUUGGUUUGUGUUUAUUUCUUGAAAAUAGUUGUAACAGUUCUUCUAAACAGUUGUUCAAAACAAUUAUCUAAUCCUCACAACUUCUUGGCAGCAAGCAUAGGACUUUUGUUUGCUUCCCAUGCCUUUUUAUAUGAUCUGCUGUGUUAGCAUGCUUAUAAAUAGUUGCUUGCUAACAUAAAUGCAUGUUAUACUAAUCAACAGUAAGGAAAAUUGAUAGCCCCAAUCCUAAGAAGACAUUCACAAUGCUUGGGGAUCUAGGAAACUGUUCUGUGUUAAAUGACUCCAGGUGAGCAUAGUAGAAAUGAAAGGAUGAUCUAUAUAAAAUACAUCUAUCUAUCUCCAAAGCCCCUCUCUUCAAACUCUGUUGCCUUUGCUCUCUAUAUUGCAGCUUUAACUUUUCUCUUUGUAUGGGAUUAGCAAAAAGACCCAUGGAUUUCUUUGAGAUUGGCCCCUUUUAUCUCACACUGAUAACAAUAAACCAAACAAUAAAAGAAGCUAAAUAUUAUUGCUCAUUCCACAUGUAAUAGCAAUUACUAAGCAAAAAAAAUCACCAAAUAUUUGUCAAAAUAUAUAGAAAUUUAAUUUAGCAGAACAAGAUUAGACAUCAACUCAAGCUACUCUGAGAAAUGAACAAAAAAAUUGUCUUCUAAAUCUUCGCCUGACCUCUUUUACUAGUUCUUCCAAAGUUUCAUAUGGUUGAGCUUUUUGGUAUUGUUUUGUUUUAUUGUGUAUUGGGUGGAUGAAGGUAUACAGGACAAAUCCAUUUUCCUUUCAACAGUUCAUACACAGUUUGUUGCGUGCCAUUAAUUACAGUCCUUACAGUGUAACAUUAAUCAUCCCACUUCUACCCUGUGUUUUCAGUUUUCAUCACACCUUUUUUUCUUAUACUUCCUACCCUCUCAAUUUUGUCCAUGGGCAAAAUGGUUGAUUGUUCUAAUGAAUGCUUGCCUCCCUUGUGUUCAUCUUUUAACUUUACUCAAAUUUUGCUGGACAGAACCCCAUAAUAAUGUGCUAUUCGUAAUUUUUAUUGCUGUCUUAUCAAUUUUUUAAAAAACAGUACAAUAUCAGCAGUGCAUUUUUAAGCUUGCCUACUGUAAUUGUAUGAUCUUCAAUACUAUUUCUGUACAGUGGGGACAGUUAGCCAUGUUUUUAAUAAAAGGUAUGCUUAUAAGAAUCUCCUUGUACCUGAGUCACAGGAAUGCCUAUAAAGUAGCAGAGUUAAUAUGGGCCGCUGCAAGCCUUCCUGCAGCUGAAGGAAGGCACUGUGAGUAAUUGAUAACUCCAAGAGAAUGUCAAGGCUCACCGUAGAGCUGUGCUGUUGCCUCUGACUUCCUAGGACAGAUGGUAACAACUCCAGGAAGUAGUGGAAAAACUGAAUCUGAGAGCUUAGCACAGCCCAAAGUUGCUGCCUCCCAUCCUCCCCCACCUCAGAGACAGCCAGGCAGGGCUUGCAUGUCUUCUGUUUGCAGAGCAAAGGCCCUGCACUGUGACUUGGCAUCCUCUUCCACUGUUGAGCAGCAGUCGCUUUCAGAGUAUUGUUCUAGUCGAACCAAAUCCUGCUGCAGCUAAUCCUUUUUUCUCUGCAAAAUAGAAGUCAAAUCUAAAUGAUCUCCAUUGUAUAAUGAUCGUUUUUAUAGGUGACAGCUGUUAAUAGUAGCUUUUUCUUUAUGCCUGUCAAUCCAUCUCUUCCAUUUUUUCUCAGACUUCUGCUUUUCAAACCUCCUUCAUUUGCUUUGUCUCUGUUUAAUACUGAACACCCCUUACCGCACCAUUGGAGGAAUAAUGUGUAAGGAUACGUUUUCAAUCGGGUAAUUUCCAGAUCUGUUGUUUAUAUGCCAGCAUAUUUCUGAUCACUAACGUGCAACCCUUCUAGUGCCUUAAGGAGCAAAUAUUUGUCCCCCAAUUUCCUUAGAAAUUUUGUUUCUCCUUUUCCGCUUAUGUAGGGCGAAUCUGCUGAGAUUGCCUGAGUUUGGUUGCUUUCAAGACCAUUUAGUUUGUAUUUUACUGCAUUCCUAAUUGUGUGCUCAAACUUUUCAGUCCCAUUCAUCCCCUAUGUUCUCGCAGCUCUCCACAACCAAACCAUGGCGAGGCCAGGUCUUUUUCCAGAGCCUGCCUGAAACUUUCCAUUAACUAGAUGGGAACAUUAUUGCCUGUUAAUCGUGUUGGAUGGCUUAUCCUUGGAGCUUCACAGAAUGUCUUCCUUGGUAAAGCAAAUCUCUGUUUGAAAAAAGGAAUGUAUUUUAGUAUCUGUUCUUUAUUGUAUCAGAAUGUUUCUAAAAAUUAUGACACUAUUAAAACUAUUAAAGAAUCA